AUGACCACCAUGCGGGUGCUUAGACGAAGGACAGCUGCGCUGGCGGUUGGGGUAACGCUCGUCACGACAGCAGCGGCGGCAGCGGCGGGAAGAACGGCCCCGGCCUCAAUUAGGCACAGAAAACGCGAACGGCGCCCCGUCGAGAGGUUCCACCAGGGGGCGGGGGCGGAGGGGGCGGCGGCCGGUGCCGGCGAGGGUACGGCGGCGGUGGCGGCGGCCUCUUGGUUCCGCGGGGACGUGCAGGAACCGGCGGCCGAUUCGACGCACGCCGCGAGCAGAAGCGCCGCUGGGGGGGCACCGUCUGUCGGAGGUGUUAGCGGGGAUGGGGUUGCUGCUCGGGGUUUGCUCGAGGGAAUGGAGGAGGAGCCGGACCUGGCCGCGAUCUUCCUCCGGAUGAUCGGGAUGCAGCCGGACCUGUCCCAACACUCGGAUGUGGCUGUUGCCUCGCCUGCUGCUGCCGAGGGCGAAGAGACUACCGGCACGGGACUUGCGGCACACAAGAGGUCGUGGCGGUUCGAGGACGGGAAGAGCGACCAAGAGUUUGCGGAGAAGCUUAUCGCGGGGCUUGACGGGCCCCAGCGGGAAGACCUCGCCUCGAAGCUCAUCGCCGAGCUCGGGCAGGCGGGAGAGGAGGACCUCGCGGACACGCUGCUCGUGGGGCUGGAGGAAGCCAAGGAUCGCGAAGAGUUCGCGACGGCCCUGGCGGGGGCGUUCGACACGGCCGGGCGGGGCGGAGGCGGGGGAGAGCUGGCCGAGAAGCUGCUGUCUGGCCUGGAGAGGGACGGGGAGGGGCAGGUGCAGGCGGCCACGCUGCUGGCGGGGCUCGACGCGACCGACAGGCUCGAGCUCGCGGGCGCGCUGGUCGACGGGCUCCGCCGCGCCGGACAGGACGACCGCGCCCACGAGCUGUCGGCGGGCAUGGAUUCGGCGAGGGACGAGGAGGAGCUGGCGGUGGUGGUAGCCGCGGCGUUCGGCAGCGUGAGGAAGCAGGUCGCGGUGGCCGGGCGAGGAGGAGGAGCAGAGCUGCUGGAUAACCUCCUCAACGCCUUCCUGAGGAAGAUCGAGCGGCCGGCGCCUGUCCCGGGGCGUGUCGCCGACGAGGGCGAAGGACAAGAAGCGUUGCUGUUGCUGCAUGCGGCCGGCGACCGGCAGGGGUCUCCUCGGGAGCGGCCGGCCCCGGACGGGAGGUUCCAGCGGUUGGAACCCACGUACGGCAGCACCAGCGACAGCGACGGCGUCACGGAGUACGUCUAUGCCAACGGGGUGGUGGACGACGUCCGAGAUGUCGUGGUCAACGGGGUCGCACACGGCGUGCUCGAGAAACGCACUUUUCCUCACGGCGACGGCGCCAGCAAGCAAGAUGCCGCCGCCGCCUCCGAGAAGGAGGUCGAAGGAGAAGAAGAAGAUUCCUUUAUUUUUGACGACGAUGAUGCUCACUCUUUGACCUCGAGAUCCGAUGACAAUGAUGGUAGCUCUUUCGGCACGAGGUCAUCGUCCUACUCGUCGGGACCGUUGUCGUCGUCGACCGUGCUGCCGGCCAAUAGCAAGCGGUUCAGGGGUCCGUUAUCGUCGUCCGGGCACGCCGACACAAGCGGCCUGUACCGCGGCGGCGGCAGCGGCAGCGGCAGCGGCAGCGGCAGCGGCGGGGCUUUCUCCACCCCCACCACGCUCCUCGAGGUGGAGGAGGAGGGCAUCGAAGAGCCCGCCACGGAGAGACCGGGGGGGGGUUCUCCGCUGCUGCCGCCACCCCCCGCGCGUGAUACUGAGGAGCGCCGCCGGAGCGCUCACGGUGCGGUCGACUCGUCGCCGUCGCCGUCUCGAUCGUUCGGCGGGAUGCUCGGAGAUCUGUUCCGCGGAACUUUCGCCGGGCUGUUGCAAUCCUGGGAGGAAGGAUCCGGAGAACGCUCCUCCCCCGCCUUCGAGGAGGAGGAAGGUGAAGACGCACGGUUGUUUGGCGCGGCGGAAUGGAGUGGGCGCAGCGCGCAGGCGCGCCGCCGCCGUCUGUACACUUCUAGUAGUGCGGAGACUACUGCUAGCAGCUCGGAUGGUGACAACGACAACACCGGUGGAAACUACCAAGUCGAAAUUGUUGCCAGCACCGGAGACACGAGCACAAACUGGAACGGUGCGGCCUACAGGCUGGAAGUGGGGACGGUGGUACCCGGGCAGACGCUGCCAUCUUCGAGCCUCCUCGCUUUUGGCACCAUCAACGAGGGCGACACAUCGCCGUGGACCCAGACGUUGAACCUGGAGAGGGGCUGCUACGUCCUGUACACCACGGCUGGCACCCGGCCCUACGACGUGGUCUGGCAGGUGGAGGUGGGAGGCGAGGUGUACCAGAGUGCGGAGGGAGGAGGGCAGGACUACCACACCUUCGGCCUUGGUGGGGCCCUCUGCGGCAUGAGCGAUUGCUAUCGGCUUUGCUACGAGGAGCACGACGACCGCGACGCGGACGAGUGCAAAAGCUUCGGGGACCUCCUGGCGCCCUCGGACGAGCCCGCCGGAGCCAACUGCACCUGUACUCAGGAUGAACAGAUCGAUCUCCGAAUAGAGUGCCUCGGGAGGGACGAUUGCGAGUCUCGGUCCCAGUGCUACCUUCUGGGCGAUGCCGCCGCGGAGAUCACCAUGGCGCCCACCCUGCGGAUAGUCACGUACGUUACGGUCGUCACCACUAACGUCUACGUCGAUGGCAUGGAGACGGCCGUCGCUCAGUGGCUCGACCUGGACCCCGCUUAUGUGGAGCUGGCCCGCGUCAACGGAAAAUCGACCGAGACCUCUACGGAGGUGACUCGAAGAAGGCUGAUCUCUGCGGGAGAGAACGAGGAGGAGGAGGAGGGAGGAGGCGUUCGGCUGGGCAGUGGUUGGGGGUGGAGCGAUGAGAAAGGGGGGCAGAGACGAGCGCGGAAUCGCAGGCUCCAAACCGCGACUUUCAAGAGGCUGGAGUUCCGGAUAAUCGGCGACAGCGACAACGACUUUCCCGACAUCACCUCGACGUUGUCCGAGGGAGUCAGGGCUCUCAACACGGUGCUGUCCGCCCAGAAUGAGGAAUCAGAGGUGUCAGAGGUGGAAGCUUACACGGCGGAGUACUCGAUCAACUCGGAGUAUGUGGCCACGGCUGAUACGCCCGGGGUUUCAAUCGCCGGUUCCGGCGGCGGUACAGGGGUGGACGAGGAAGGAGAAGUCAAUGUCCUGGCUACGGAGGCUCCGGAAGUAGCCGACGACGACAUCGGUGACUUCACCCGCCAGACGCAGUUCCUCGUCGGUGCGGGGUUGGUGGUGGUAGUGUCGUUCUUCCUGUCGAUCGUCGCUUGCAUCGUCUGCCACAUGAAGCGAAGAGACCGCAAGGAGUUCAAGAGGAGGAACCAGGGCGAGGACGGAAGGCCGAAGCCCGUGGCCUACGUGGACCCCUGGGGCUCCGUGGCUACAACCUUCCAGAAGGACGGCGCCAAGGCACCCUCCCCUUCGGCGAACGGCGGCGGCUCCUCGAGGGGGGGCAGCAGAGUGGGAAACGGGUCGUCGGCGGGGGGGUACGGGAGAAACGGGUCCCGCACAGCAGACAGCUCCGCGUCGGCGUGAUGAUGACUCGAAAGAGCUAAAAAGAGGCGAUAUUUUUUCUUUUUUAGAGCAGAGAAAUGAGUGAUGCUUGUCGUUUCUUUUCGAAACGGGUCCCUUUUUCUUUCCUUCGGUUACAAAAAAAAUGAGACAGGAUUAUGAGACGAGACUACGCGUGUGAAGGUGUGGGUGUAGGGUGGGGGGGCGAUAAGGUGAACGACAGGUUUUUGUGCUGGUUUGAACGCAGGGUAACGGGGGUUAGUGCAGGACAAGUUGGACAAGCGAGUUUCGGUUACGUCACCGGGUGUUUGGCGCGUUGGUCAUCAGGUGACUGGACUGCACAGCGGUAGUGGCGAGCAAGCCGGCGGCGGCAGCGAUAGCGCUUUACCCCCGGCAGAUUGGUGUUGGAGUUGCAGUAGUAUUUGUUCUCGUUCUUGUGUGAUUUUUUGUUCCUUGUGUUUUUUCUUUUUUUUUUUGCUCUGCAGGCACUUAGUUUGUUCGCGGCUUUUCUGAAUCCCAUUGUCACUAUCCUAUGCCGAGACAGGGGGAGGGGGGGGGUCGCAACCUGAAUCAUGUGGGGGCUUUGCUUGCGGUGGCGUGUGUACGACGCAGUUGGCGUUUUUACACCAAUGUAGGCUGUGUAUGCGAAGGCUGUGGACGGGGUAUGUAAAAGGGGGUAUCCAUGACAUCAUCACACGAGGCCACACUGCCUUUGGUUGUCUUUUUUUAUGUUUGUCUUUGUCGUGGUUUCUCCCCGAUGUUAGCUUUGAGCGCGAUACCCCGAGAAUUGCUGUUGGACGGAUAUGCUUCACAGCAAGGAGGUUUCGGAACAGGUGUGUUUGUUGAAAAUCGCGGGUCGGGGAGGGGCGUUGCGAAAUAAACUGUAUCGCAUCAGCAGCAACUUGUGUGCGGCCGAACCUCGGGAGCGUUCCGGCCGCAACACAGGCCGUUCGUCGGAGGGAGCGGAAGGAUAGUGACACCCGGUUUGCUGCUGCUGCUGCUGCUGUGGCGGGAGCGGUGAGCACAAGACGAAGCAGUUUGCAUUUUUCUUUUUCCUAGUGGAUGAUGCACCCAAAAUGUUUGUUUUGGAAAUGCAUGCGCCUUUAGCUCCUUUUUUUUUGUGUGUCCGUUUGUUUGUAUUGUAUUCUUCGCUGAAUAGAGGCUGGUUUGUGCUGCUGCUUUUUCUUUCUGUGGGGGUUCUUUUUCCGACAGGCAGUUCGCCAAAGCCCCGCUGGCCGGGUACGUUCCACCCCCGGUUGGGGGUUGUCGGUUGCCUGGGGGUACCUUUUUUUUUUCGUUGAUUUUAUCGGGGACAGCAAUAUCGGUGGUGGAUAGACCUUCCCGUUGAGGGUAAGCUUACCCGUAAAGAUCUGCGCCGCUCAUUUUUUUUGCGGGGGAGGAGGAGGUUUCCUUGUUGGUUCUCUUUUGAUUUUUCAGAAUUUUUCCUGCGAUCGAGUUCGUUCGCUUUUUCGACUGCUUUCUUCCCCCCUUUCUUGAACUCAUCUUAAGAAGUUGAGUACAGGGUUGCCUAGGUCGCCGAAAUGAAAGCUGUUCUGUUCC